AUGCUGAGCAUGCGCGCCUCCGCUCCUGUUCAGCCGUGUUACACGCAUAAGUUGGUGGAGUCUCUCAGUCUCUCACUCGCUACCGUGUUCGAGGGGAUGAGAUCUGGAAUUAUUGGUUUGACGGCAUUGCGUUCGCUAAUGAGGCGGGAGAGCCAUAAAGCAUGGCGUCAGGUCACAACACAUGAGAAACACACAGGACGGUACCACCACACUGCAGGACACUGCUUGUUACCCGUUCCCCCUUUUUCCCCCUUGAGUACUCCCCACGAACACUACUCUGAGAAGGUGAUGGAAGCAGGAGGGCAGGAAGCAGACGGGCAGAAAGCAGACGGGCAGGAAGCAAUGGCAGCAAGUAGGAGGUCCAUAGACAAAGACAGCUGGCGGCCGAGAGCCGCACUCAGAUCAGCUGAGGAACGGGCUAUAAAUGGAAUCAAUAAUAAUAAUAAUAAUAAUUCAGGGCUGAACUAUGCGAGGCUUUUCCAUCAGGUGAAUCUGCACAUUUUGAUUCAGAGCAUUAAACACCAACGCAAAGAGUCUCCCGAAUCGGAAGACGUGGAAUUGGACGAGACGGGAAGGCUAUAUGUACAUACUGAAGAGUCUAUAGUAGAUGAUAACGAUGAGGUAGAAAACGUUACACCUGCUUUCCACCUUCACCUUUAUCCACCUUCACCUUCAUCCACCUUCACCUUCAUCCACCUUCACCUUCAUCCACCUUCACCUUCAUCCACCUUCACCUUCAUCCACCUUCACCUUCAUCCACCCACCCACCUACCCAAGAACGAUACACCAUCCGGAAAGAUGUUUCAACGCCUUCGCCGAGACACCAACGCCUUCGAUCAAGAUGCCGCUGGCUUGCACCGGCUUGCUUUGCCGCCUGCGGAGUGCCUCACGAUAGAUCAUCUAGACUCGUGGCUUGCCACUCUCUCCACUGCUCUGGAGGCACCCUCUUCCCUGUGGCGUUCCACCAUCUCAGACUUUACAGAAUGGAUGAAGAUGAGCUCGCCAACAGCCGGUGGCCUGAAUAUCAUCGUCAUUCACGAUGAAGCAGCCGAGGGGAUUCCAGUUGCCUGCGUCCAUUGCUCCUCGGGCCCAGUGAAGAUCACAGUAUACGCCGAGAAUGCCGACUUUGCGCUCCUCAACAGCGCUUCGAUGAGGAGGAAUACGAGCAACGUGGUCCACAAGCUACCUCCGACGAUGAAUUCUGGCCACGCAGUAGCAGAACAUGGCAGUAUCCUGUCCGCAUGCGUCAUUGCAGGCACCAUCGUCGUCACGCACAAAACUGGCUUGAAGACAACCCUUCUUGAAUGUGUGGUCCCUGCAGUGUGGGAGAGAGCGAUUCGCAUAGUGCACAAGUUCAGGACAGGAAGUCCUGAGUCCCAGAGAGAGAUACUCGCACACUGUCGACUUCCCCAAUUGCCUAGUCCCAACCGCAUGAUUUACCCGGCGAAUGUGGAGCUCCCUCCAAGCUCGACAUCAUGCGCCGACGUCCUGGACUAUAUGUACGAGCACACAACUCAGAGGACUGCCUUGCAAUCCCAGUCUCUCAUUGAUCAAUGGGCACUGGUAUCGGCAAACUCCCGAAUCGUUGCCAUAAUCGCCUCGGAGGUCCUGAAGAGCCUUGUUGUUCCUUUUGCAGCGCCGAACCCGGUUCCUGAGCUUCCAAAGCUACUGGAACAGCUGGAAGACACCGAGAAGGACGUUGCCAAGUACGGCUCGAGAGGGGCUGUGCAUGUCGUAGACUCCCUGACUACGGAGGCGGCUGCUCUACGUAGCAAGAUUGACGACCUCAACAAUGCUAUGGGUGCGCGGGAGACGAGCGCGUGGAACCAUAUCAAGGCACUUAUGAUGCAGCUGAAUGAAUGGUCAGAUCAACUUUUUUAUAUGCGAGACGAGCUAUGGUGUGACGAGGUCAAGACGAAGGCCAAGCCGGAUCUGGGAUGCGACACGAUGGACUCAAAAACGAUUCGCCCAUUUUUGGUUGAGGUUCGCUCGCUCGCUCGCAAUGCCCUUGCUAGCUACCACUUCAUAGUAUGCUUCACGACUGCUUUUACGCUGCAGAACUUCGCAAUAAUGGAUUGCCUAUCUAGAAUAGUUGAUCCAAAAAAUUGUAAACGGUCAUCGUAA